CAACUCGUACGAUGGAGCCGUAAAAGAACUUUCCAGUAGAUCUAUCGUUCUAUUUCAGCCUCAUUCUUUAAGGAGUUCUUUUGAAGAGAAAAGAUAAUGGGAGAUAACAGAUUUUCCUGUUUUCUCUUCUUCUUCUUCCUCUUUCUUGCUUCUUGUGUUAAUGGCGAAGAUCCUUACAGAUUUUUCACAUGGACUGUGACUUACGGCGAUAUUUACCCGCUCGGAGUAAAACAACAGGGGAUCUUGAUAAACGGUCAGUUUCCAGGGCCUCAGAUCGAGUGUGUUACGAACGAUAACUUGAUUAUUAGUGUCUUCAACAACUUGGAUGAACCGUUCCUCAUCUCUUGGAACGGUUUGCAGCAGAGGAGGAACUCAUGGCAGGAUGGAGUCUAUGGUACCAACUGUCCUAUUCCACCUGGAAAAAACUUCACUUAUAUUCUCCAGGCUAAGGAUCAAAUAGGCAGCUUCUUCUACUUCCCUUCACUUGCAUUCCACAAGGCAGCAGGAGGCUUUGGUGGAAUCAAGAUCUUUAGCCGCCCAAGAAUUCCUGUUCCUUUUCCUAACCCAGCUGGAGAGCAUACAGUUCUGGCUGGUGACUGGUUCAAGAAAAACCAUAGAGAUUUGAAAGCAAUCUUAGACACUGGGAAUGAUAUGCCCUUUGCUGAUGGACUUCUCAUCAAUGGCCGAGGUUGGAAUGGAUACACAUUCAACGUUGAUCAAGGUAAGACAUACAGGUUCAGGAUUUCAAAUGUGGGUCUUACCACAUCCUUCAACUUCAGAAUUCAGGGACACAAGUUGAAGCUGAUAGAGGUGGAAGGGUCUCACACACUUCAGAACACCUACUCUUCCCUUGAUAUCCAUCUGGGCCAGUCUUACUCUGUAUUGGUUACUGCCGAUCAGCCUGUACAGGAUUACUACAUUGCUGUUUCUUCACGUUUCACCAAACGAGUUCUCACAACUACAGCAAUUCUCCAUUACAGUAACUCAGUUAGAGGAGUUUCUGGUCCUCCUCCUGGUGGCCCAACAACUCAAAUCGAUUCGUCUCUCAACCAGGCCAGAUCAAUCCGAUGGAAUUUGACUGCAAGUGGUCCAAGACCCAAUCCUCAAGGCUCUUAUCACUAUGGAUUGGUAAACCCCACCCGUACAAUCAAGCUUGCCAAUAAUUGGAAUAUUGUUUAUGGCAAGCCGAGGUAUGCUGUCAAUGGUGUCUCUUUCGUUCCUGCAGACACACCAUUGAAACUAGCAGAUUACUACAAGAUCCCUGGCGUCUUCAAUCUUGGAAGCAUUCCCGAUAAACAUCCCGGUGACGGCAGAUGUGACCUUAAGACUUCUGUCAUGGCUGCAGAUUUCAGGGCUUAUGUUGAGAUUGUGUUUGAGGAUUGGACGGACACUGUACAAUCAUGGCACAUUGAUGGUUAUUCCUUCUUUGUUGUCGGAAUGGGUCAAGGCCCGUGGUCGCCUGCGAGCAGACAAAGUUACAAUUUGAGAGACACGGUUGCUCGUUCAACUACUCAGGUAUACCCAAAUUCAUGGACUGCAAUAUACAUGGCUUUGGAUAAUGUGGGAAUGUGGAAUAUAAGAUCGGAGAAUUGGGAUCGACAAUACCUGGGUCAGCAAUUUUACCUUCGCGUCUACUCACCUUCAAAUUCAUGGAGAGAUGAAUAUCCAAUCCCGAAGAACGCUCUCCUCUGUGGUCGGGCAGCUGGUCGUAAAACUCGUCCUCUCUGAUCCAGUAGAUAAACCUGAGUUCCGUCACGAAGGGGUGACGGGUUAGUCAACAUUGGGUCAU